AUGAGAAACCUAGAAGUUGAUAGAUAUAUUCAAAGUCUGAUGACUUGGGAUAAAGAUCCUGCAACUGGGGCCACUGAUCUUUCGGAACGAUCCAAAGAGUCAAAAAAAAAAAUACAGAACAGGAAGGCUCAGAAAGCAUUCAGAUUAAGGAAAGAAGCUAAGAUGAUGGAAUUGGAACGGAAACUGAAUGAGUCUGAAAUGAUCCAAUCACAGUUACACGAAGAGGUCAAUAAACUGAAGAACGAAAACAUUUUAAUAAAUAACGUAUACCGUCGUCUGAAUAACGUCCAUCGAAAGUCACCGUCACUAUCACCGUCCAACGACUCAAACUCGACCUCACCACCCAAAUAUGAUGUGGUGUUUCCUACUAUAGGUGAGUUUUAUAACGCUUUAAUAGAUAACGAUUCUAAACAUACAAAUAAUCAUGAUCAAGUUUCUAAUUUACAAUAUAAUGACAAGGAUGGUAAUAUACUAUUAACUAUUCCAGCUACAUGGAAAUAUUUGCUGGAUUUACACAAGAAAAGCUCACUGGCAGAAAAUAAUAAUAAUAGUAGUAGUAGUAAUAGCAAUAAUGGUGCUUAUAAUAAUACAGUAACCACUUCCACUAGUGGUGAUGAUGGCGAUUGGGAAGAGAAUGAAAUGGAUAUUGAUCUUAUUAUGGCCUCAUUGCGUGGUCAUGAAGAGUGCCAUGGUCAUGGACCAGCAUAUAAGAAAAGCUUAAUUGACCAAGUGAUUAAACAUCACCAUAGAAGAUGA